AUGCAGCUUCACUUCUCGCCUAGUAUGAGAAGCAUAACGAUCUCGAGCAGCAAUGGGUUUAUUGACUUGAUGAAGAUCAAGGUCGCAGCUCGCCACAUCUCUUAUCGAACCGUUUUCCACACCAUUCUAAUCCUCGCUUUCUUAUUGCCCUUCGUCUUCAUUCUCACUGCUGUUGUUACUCUUGAAGGUGUCAACAAGUGCUCCUCAUUUGAUUGUUUAGGUAGGCGUUUGGGACCAAGGCUUCUGGGUAGGGUUGAUGAUUCAGGGAGACUGGUUAGAGACUUUUACAAGAUUCUAAAUCAAGUGAACACUGAAGAAAUCCCAGCCGGUCUGAAGCUACCAGAUUCAUUUAAUCAACUUGUUUCUGAAAUGAAGAACAACCAGUAUGAUGCAAGGACCUUUGCUUUCAUGUUAAGAGCAAUGAUGGAAAAUUUUGAAAGGGAAAUCAGAGAGUCUAAGUUUUCAGAGUUGAUGAACAAACACUUUGCGGCAAGUUCUGUACCCAAAGGCAUCCACUGUCUGUCUCUACGUUUGACUGAUGAAUAUUCAUCCAAUGCUCAUGCACGCAAACAAUUGCCUCCUCCAGAGUUACUGCCUUUGCUCUCUGACAACUCUUAUCACCACUUUAUCCUAUCAACUGAUAACAUUCUGGCUGCUUCAGUCGUUGUUGCUUCUGCUGUCCAGUCAUCUCUAAAACCUGAAAAGAUAGUCUUCCAUAUCAUUACUGACAAGAAAACCUACGCGGGUAUGCACUCAUGGUUUGCACUCAACCCUGUCUCCCCGGCUAUUGUUGAAGUGAAAGGCGUGCACCAGUUUGAUUGGUUAACAAGAGAAAAUGUUCCAGUCCUUGAAGCUGUAGAAAAUCAAAAUGGGAUCAGGAAUUAUUACCAUGGGAAUCAUAUUGCAGGGGCUAAUCUUAGUGCUACUACUCCACGAACAUUUGCAUCAAAAUUGCAGGCUAGAAGUCCAAAAUACAUAUCCUACUCAAUCAUCUUCGUAUAUAUAUCCCUGAGCUAUUUCCCAACCUUGACAAGGUAG